AUGUCGUUAACACGGAUCGCAUUCCGGGCGCCGGUAGCCUUCCCCAAGACUGGCCUGCGAUGUUUCUCGUCGGGGCCUCAGAGGCAGGAUGAUGCAAUCCUCUCCAUCCUCAGCGACCUGAAAACUCCCGCCAGCCAGCAGCAGCCUGGAGGUUCUCUGGCCACCCGAUUCGCCCGCGAUGCCGGUCUCGAUCGCCCUUCACAGACGCGCGAGAUGUUGGAGUCGGAGCGGAGCGCCACUUUCCAGCGCCAGAUCUACCGCAAGUGGCAGGCUGGUGACGUCUACGCGCCGCACGACUUGAGCGGCGCCGAGCAGAAGAAGUGGAAGUAUGGCCGCAACAAGCCCCAGAGCGAUGCGUUCGACGUCCUGGGCAUCAACCCGGUGAACGAGUACAAGAACUUCACAAUCAUGUCCGAGUACAUGACCGAGAUGGGGCGGAUAAAGCACUCGAAGGACACUGGUCUGCGGCCGAAGAACCAGAGGAAGAUCGCAAAGGCUAUACGAAGAGCAAUUGGCCUCGGCCUGAUGCCCAGUGUGCACAGGCAUCCAUUGGUUCUGAAGAAGAGCUCCCCGACGAAGUUCUUGUAG